AUGAGUCAAAAUAAAUUAGGGAAAAUGUUACAUCAAAUUGCAAAUUUAACAGGUAUUAAUUUGUCUGAUGAUCGAAAAAUUGUUAACCAUAGUUGUCAUAGAACAGCAAUACAAAUGCUUAAAGAUGAAGAUAUUCCAGAAGAUGAAAUUAUGGAAUUUUCUGAUAUUGAAGAUAUUGAAGUGAAAGAAUUUGAAUAUUUUUCUGGAAAUUCAUGA